ACAAUAUUUCCUUAAAUGAGUUUAUCAAGAGGGACGCUGGAUGAGUUUCGACCAUAGGUUUCGACAUGGGAAUGAAUUAGUACCAGGGCAUUCUCUUGACACCUUGUUCUAUCUUCGGGUCCACCAGCUCUGAGGCUGCAGCAGCGACAGUCUGUGGUUAAAGUUUAUAUUGCAGCCUUUUACCCAUUUUAUACAGUCUAUGCUUUUACCUCGUCCAGGUCAUGGGCACGAAUUGACGCACAGCGCCACCCUGUGAGUCUGGACACUUUACAUGACCGUGUGUGAGAGUCACAGACGGACGUGUCCAGCUGCUUGAGACAAACAUCCACCGUGAGUGACCUCACAUCACAGCAGCUUCCGCCCCCACAGCCAAACCAUCACACGCGUGUGAAUGAUCAGGUAGUGUGGACCGCAGGGGAUGAGGGACGUAGCAGCAGAAAUGUCUGUAAGCUGAAGGCUAAAUUUGGUAUAAAACCUUCGACGUAGACUCGCGGUCCAGCCAGGUGACUGAAUGCUAGCUGCUAUAUCCCUUUUGGCUAACUUAGCUAAUCAGACAGUUUUCUGGUUAGUAGCCAGCUAACUUUAGCCUUGUCAGUUUCUGGCCAAGGCCCCGUUUCUACCUCUACUUUGCCUACGAUUCUGGAAAGUUCAAGCACCAUGGAUUUUCCAGGCCACUUUGAGCAGAUCUUCCAGCAGCUCAACUACCAGCGUGUCCAUGGGCAGCUGUGCGAUUGUGUCAUUGUGGUGGGCAGCCGACACUUCAAGGCCCAUCGCUCGGUGCUGGCAGCCUGCAGCACCCACUUCAGAGCCCUGUUUACUGUUGCAGAGGGAGAUGCUAGCAUGAACAUGAUCCAGCUGGACAGUGAGGUUGUGACUGCUGAAGCUUUUGCUGCUCUGGUGGACAUGAUGUACACUUCCACACUAAUGCUUGGGGAGAGCAAUGUCAUGGAUAUCCUCCUUGCUGCCUCACAUCUACACCUCAACAAUGUAGUCAAGGCCUGCAAGCACUACCUGACCACACGCACCCUGCCCAUGUCUCCCUCCUCAGAGAGACCCAUCCAUCACCAUGCUCAGCAGGAGCAGCAGAGGCACAGACAGCAGCAGCAAGUAGCAGAUUUGCCAGUGAAUUCUUCUCUAGCAGUUAAUGCAAACCUCACUGCAAAUGCUGCCACAUCAAAGAUGCAGCGCACCUUCCUCCUGCAGCAGCUAGGGCUCAGCUUGGUUAGCUCAGCUUUAGGUGGGAUGGAGGAGGACGUUGGUGGAAAUGUAGUGGGAAGUAGAGUUGAACAGAGAGCCUCCUUCCCUAUCCGACGCUUUCACAAACGCAAGCCCUCACUGUCCCUUGGCCUGUCAGAGGAGAGACCCAGGCAGAGGCAGCGCCCCUCAGCCCCUAAUCUGGGGCUGUUAGCAGAAGGGGGAGGGAAUGCAGACCGAGUGGAUGGAGAGCUCCUCUCCCCUGAUUCCCACAAGUUGGGGGUUGACUCAAAAAAAGAUGGCGUUAUUACCGGCCUUGUUGGAGUAGUGGCCCAAGAUGAUCCUCAGAUGCCCAGCCAGUCAGACAGCGGACACUGUGAGGGGGAGAACUUGGCGAGACUGCAGGGAGGAGUGCGCAAAGAGGAGGACAUGGAAGACCAGGACCAUCAAGACAACGGAUCGGGGGUUAAGAUCAAAUCUGGGACAGAGGAGGAUGAAGAACAGGAACAGAAGGUGGUGGUUAAACGGGAGCCUCUAAGUUCACCUGAGCCAACGGAUGAGGUCAGCGACGUGACAUCGCAGGCUGAAGGCAGCGACCCAGCUGAGCCUGGAGGCCAGGAGGAAGAGGAGGAGAAGGCAGAGCUGAGUCCAGAGAGCAGUGACCGAAGCUUCACCUCCGAGCCCCAACCCAGCUCUGAUUCCCUGCUGCAGCCCAGCCCCCAGCUUCUCCUCAAGAGCAGUUUGGGAGGAAGCAGUGGAGGUAGAGGAAGCUUUGGGUGUACUGACGGACUGGGCGGCAAACCGGGUUUCAGUAUCUCUAGCUUUCUCAGCCCUAAGGAUUUUGGAAGUGGCAGUGUAGGGAUGAUUUCUGGAGAGGAUGAACUCCCCAACACAACCACUGUUGAUGCAGUAGCACAUCACUUCCUGCUCAGACAGGAAGCUGCUGGACCAUCUGGCUCUGCUUCCUCCUCUAUUCUGCAGUCAGGUCCACUUGGUGCUGACAGUCACAACAACUUUGGAAACAACACACAAGCUGAUUCUCUAUUCCUCCGCCCCCUGCAUGAUGGUUUAGGGAACCCCAGAGCAAGUGGAGGAGUAGAUCCCUUCAGUUUGGACUUUCAGCGGUCAAGUCUGGGGCUUCACUCCUUUGGGCGACCAACGAGAGGGGCUGGAGGAGCAAGUUCUGCUGCUAUCGGUUUCCCAGGUUACAGGCGUAUUGCUCCAAAAGGGAACGCUGGCAUGGGAGGAGAUGAAGGAAUAAACGGUGUCCUCCAGGAUGCUGCCUCCUCCUCCUCAAGCUUUGCAAACCCUAUGCUCCCAAACAAGAAUGGUGGAUAUGACAUGAACAGUGGCAGGCCCACUUCUCUCCCACCUCAGCUGACCCGGGCUUCAGCAGACGUUUUGUCCAAGUGCAAGAAGGCUCUAUCAGAGCAUAACGUCCUGGUGGUGGAAGGAGCUCGGAAAUACGCCUGUAAAAUCUGCUGCAAAACCUUCCUCACUCUGACUGACUGCAAGAAACACAUCCGGGUCCACACAGGAGAGAAACCCUAUGCCUGUCUCAAGUGCGGAAAGCGCUUCAGUCAGUCCUCACACCUGUAUAAGCAUUCCAAGACCACCUGCCUGCGCUGGCAGAACAGCAACAUGUCUAAUGGCCUGCUGUAGGAGCGAGGUCACCUGAAUAGAGUGUUCAAACAAGAUGAAACUAUUAGAGAUGUAAAACCCCCAAAAUGUUAAGGCUUUUUUUUUUAAGCGGUGGGAUCUGAUCAGCUGAUCUUUCCAAACAAACCGGUUUUGUUCACAGACCAAAGAUGGAGAUGGCAAUGUAAUCAUGCUUUUGUUUUACAAGAAAUCCAAAUUUAGACAGUAGAAAGAUAUUAAGGAUGCAGGACAAACAGAGCACCACAUAUUCUUCAUAAUGCACUACAGAUUAAUUAUAUGCUCUACUGCAGCAGACAUGUAACAGUAUUUUCCACCUAUGUUAAUACAUGUGGCCCAUGGACUUCGUAUAAAAAGACUAUGGCUCUAGUCUAACCAGAGCUGCCACACUGUUGGCAAUCUAAAGUUUCUAGAAGGUCUCAGAUGGGCCCUCUUAGGUGAGCUUUGGACCUGUUGAGUUGUGUCUGUUUUGCUUUUGUGGUACGAUAACAGGCAUAUUUAGCUCAGUAGAAGGCAGCUGUGCAACACUAGCAUUAAAAACAAAUAUCAUGUAAAAUAGUUUACUUAUAAGUAGAUUUUUCAUUGCACAUUUGUACAACAUGUAGCAUUAUCUCACAUCAGACUGUUGAAUCAUUUGAACUGAACAUAUUGACUGUGCCUUGUUUUGUGCAAUGGAAGCAGUCAUAUAGACUGAGAGCUAACAGAUUCUGAAUCACUUAUGGCCCCCAGAUAGUUCAUUAUCACUCCUGUGAAUAUUUUAAGUUACAGGUCUCAUGGUUGUGUUCUCCAUACUUUUUUAGUGGAAUUUGAAUCGGCUUCAGUCAUGUGAGGCAGACUCAGGCAGUGCUAAAAACUGACAUUUUUUUAACAAGCUCAGCUGAAAGGAAAGAUUAAAAAAAAAAAAACAAGUGCCAUGUUUUUGGCCCUGUUGUUGGUAUGCAGGGAACAUAUCAUUUAAAGGAUUUGUGAUAUGACCUGUAAAAUAAAUCUUAAGUGAUCCAGCUUGAGAUGAUCGACAUUUUGAACAGGGCAGAUGCUCCUGUAAAAUAAUUAGUUCAACUGCCCAACCAAUUCCAUUGUGACUGAUCUAAGGUUUUAUGUUGAAAAGUUGCCUUUGAAUGACCAUCAUUGGAAGUGUAGUUGAGCUAAGUUUAAAUCCAAACCAGAUAAAUCAUGUUGUACUGAUGUGGACUACUUGUAUUCCAUUUAUUCAGUGCUAUAGUUUGUGCAAUGACAAGUUUUGUAGAAACUUCCACUUGCUCUGAUCAACCUCCUGCCCCAAUUUGCACUUUCAGACAGAGCUACUAACCCUAGAAUAAGUUGCAUUGUUUGAAAAAAAACAACGAUAUCAUUGUAUUUGAAUUAGGGAAUCAAUCUGCAGUCAUUUAAACCUUUACAUAAAAAUAUGAGAUGUAAGUGGACUUCAUUAUGUGUUACGAUGUGCAGAACUUGGAGUUUGUUGUGUUUUUUUUAAUCUGAAUUUGACUGAAGUGCACUAAGUGAUUUUCCCUCCAUGUUCUGACUUGGAAUGGCAGCAAAAAGUCAACCAGGAGCCACCGUCCUUGGCUUCCCUGGCUUCUGGAGUGUACAGAUUCAGUCAUUUCUUCAAAAAGCAACACUUUUACAGCUCUGUUCACAGGCAGAGCUGAAAAAGUUACACACUUGUGGUCAGUUCCUUACCUUUCUCUAGUAAAAUAGACAAAACACCUCACAAGGAAUUCAGUAUUUGUAUAAGUUUGAUAAUGUUCCUGAUAUCAGUGCUUUAUAAAUGAAUCUUUAUACAUCCAAUGUUGUAUAUGUUACAAAAUCACUUGGACAAAUCAUUCUUUUUAACUAAAACGUUAACUGGGACAUCUAACUAUGUAAAAGAAGUUGCUGCAUUGCAAUUUUUCAACUCAACCAGCUCUCAAGGGUCCUUGUUUGAAAGCUAAGGGUUGUGGCAUUUUUCUAACAGGUGAUCUGUUAACACAUAAUAUCCCACAGUUUGUGAAAUGAAAAAAAAAUACUGUGGGUCAGAGUUGUCAGUAAGAGCAGCUUCAUUGCUUUGGGCAAUGGUUAGUUGGAAUCAGUGUUUAUGCAGUUGUUGUAUAGUUCUGUUUUAGUGAACCAAGAUGAAAAAAUUAUACUUUAAGUACGUGUUUGCCUUUUUGUAGACUUCUCUGCUUGCUGUGUUGUGUCACCCACACUGUCAAUAAGAAACACAUGGUCAUUGCUUUAAUUUCUUGUUGGCCCCUUAUUGUACUGUAGAGUCAUUACACUGUCAGCCUGUACAAUGUCAGUGUGUUUCAAUUCAAACACAUUUUUAUGGUCAACCUUGACUUGUGAGUUCAGAAGAAAAAGAUACCUUGUAAACAUAAGCUAAUUCAUGGUUUACCCUGUUUGUCUUGACAGUAUGGAAUCAAAAGUGAAGUCUUUAAAGCUUGGCCACUGAAUAAAUGACACUAAUAAGUAAAUAUAAAUUCUAAUCAUGCAGUUUUAUCCUUGGUGAAAAGAGGGUAUGUCAGAUAUUCUCUUCAUGACCGUAGUUUUUUAAGCUAAUGAGAGAUAUAGUCCUCUAAAAUGACUUGUCUCACACAUUAGCCUGAAAAGGAUUAUUAUGGUGCUGUUUUUAAAAGCCGUUAUGCAUUAACAGUUAAUGUGAAUUUCUGAAAAAUGCACUGACUGUGUUACCCCUGUAUAAAUAUGCCGAAAUGUAAGAAUAUCUAAAAGGCCUAAAUUCAUUUUUUAACUCACUGCCUUAUGCCCCAGAACUUGAAAAGCUGGGCUUUUAUCGAUAAUGAUGCCAAAUCUGAAGUAACUGUGUGUCUGUUUUUGUGUGUACCUAACAUAGUGUGACCAUUGGAAGACUAAAUGUUUGUCUCUUUGCUGGUAAAGGCUAUGAAGAUUGUAUAGUAUGUUCAGUUGUUGUAAAAACUGAAUUAAAAAAAGACAAUGAAAUACA